AUGGAUGUCUUCAACAGAACCACCAUCACAGAAUUCAUCCUCAUAGGGCUCUCUGAUCUCCCAGAGGUACGCUACACUCUCUUUGUGGUUUUUGCUGCUAUCUAUCAGGUCACCUUGUUGGGAAAUGGGGCCAUUCUUCUUGCAAUUGGGACAGAGAAAAAGCUUCACACACCCAUGUAUUAUUUUUUGGCGAAUCUGUCCCUCUUAGACAUUUUCUGCCCAUCAGCUACUGUUCCCAAGAUACUGGAGAACCUCUUGACCAAGAAGCAAAACAUUUCUUUUGUUGGGUGUGUUUUGCAGCUGUUUUUCCUUGUGGCUCUGGUAGGAACCGAAGUCUUCCUUCUCACUGUCAUGGCUUAUGAUCGGUAUGUAGCCAUCUGUUUUCCCCUUCGUUAUACCCUCAUUAUGACAAAGGGGCGCUGUGUCCAGCUCAUGGCCAGUACCUGGGCAGCAGGGUUUCUGAACUCCCUACUGCACACCAUAUUCACAUUUCGCCUGUCUUUCUGUAAGUCCAAUCGGGUAAACCAGUAUUAUUGUGAUAUCCCUCCAGUGGUGGCCCUCUCCUGCUCUUCCACAUAUGUGGCAGAAGUGCUUCUUUUAGUAGUAGGAUCUAUCUUUGGUGUCAAUGCCUUCCUGAUCACUGGUAUCUCUUAUAUCUACAUCAUAUCCACAAUUCUGAAGAUGCAGUCAGCUGAAGGAAAGCGUAAAGCCUUCUCUACAUGUGCUUCCCACCUCCUUGUGGUUUGUUUGUUCUAUGGCACAACAAUAUUUACCUACCUCCGCCCCUCCUCCAGUCACAACUCCCCAGCCAGAGAUAGGCUCAUCUCAAUGCUAUAUGGGGUUAUUACCCCAAUGUUAAACCCUAUCAUCUACAGCCUAAGAAAUACAGAGGUAAAAGGAGCCCUCAGAAAGGUUUUAUAUCAUAGGACAUGUUUACAAAAAGGAUGA